CUAAAUACUGCGGAUCAUGCUGCAUUUGACAACCAUACAUCAUAUAUGGGAAGUAUAAAUGGACCCAAGUUACCUCUGGUGUUUGAAGUGCAGCAGAUGCCACAUGAUUUAACUACAGAAGGAUGUCCAAAGAACAAUUUUCAAAACAGUUGUAUAUUCAAUAAGGCUCCAAUUUCAGCAAUCACGAAUAAGAAAACAUACGAGGAAGAUACCUGUGUCGACAAGUCAAAUCCUCAGCAUGAAAGUUUUAUCAAGAGAUACAGCAUCAAGUUGGCAUCCACAAGUGCAGACCUCUGGAUGGGUAUUGUAUUGCUCUUCAUAGACAUUAUGAUUGCUUUAGAAAUACUUGUAAGGCAAGUGCACGGCUGCAAGGCUUCCGGGAGUCAAAGAAAGAGACUAAACAGAACCAUGACUGACAUUAUUGUGCUAAUUCCAGUGACAAUCUUGAUGCUAAUUCCUGUAACAGCUGUAGGCCAUGCAGCUAUUCUAGCAGCUAUCAAGAAGUAUAUGACAUUAAAUCUUUUGGAUAUAUACUUUUAG